AUGGCCGGCGGUCCUGCGGCGGUGUCGUUCCUGACCAACAUCGCGAAGGCGGCUGCGGGGCUCGGAGCCGCGGCCUCCCUCGCCUCCGCGUCGCUCUACACCGUCGACGGCGGCGAGCGCGCCGUCAUCUUCGACCGGUUCCGCGGGGUGCUCCCGGAGUCCGUCGGCGAGGGCACCCAUUUCCUCGUGCCAUGGCUGCAGAAGCCCUUCAUCUUCGACAUCCGCACGCGGCCGCACAACUUCUCCUCCAACUCGGGGACCAAGGACCUGCAGAUGGUCAACCUCACGCUCCGCCUCCUCUCCCGCCCCGAUGUUCAGCACCUCCCCACCAUCUUCACCUCCCUCGGCCUCGAGUACGACGACAAGGUGCUCCCCUCCAUCGGCAACGAGGUGCUCAAGGCCGUCGUCGCCCAGUUCAACGCCGACCAGCUCCUCACCGAGCGCCCCCACGUCUCCGCGCUCGUCCGCGACGCGCUCAUCCGUCGCGCCCGCGAGUUCAACAUCAUCCUCGACGACGUCGCCAUCACCCACCUCUCCUACGGUAUCGAGUUCUCACUGGCCGUUGAGAAGAAGCAGGUCGCGCAGCAGGAGGCCGAGCGCUCCAAGUUCCUCGUCGCCAAGGCGGAGCAGGAGAGGCGGGCGGCCAUCGUGCGCGCCGAGGGAGAGAGCGAGUCCGCGCGCCUCAUCUCUGAGGCCACGGCGAUGGCUGGGACAGGGCUGAUCGAGCUCAGGAGGAUCGAGGCGGCCAAGGAGAUUGCUGCAGAGCUGGCUCGCUCACCGAAUGUGGCAUACAUUCCUGCUGGGGGGGACGGAAAGAUGCUGCUUGGUCUCAAUGCUGCCGGAUUUGGCCGGUGA